AUGGUUAGGUCUCCAUUUAGCCACGGCAGUGACUUGAAGAAAGGACCAUGGACGCCGGAGGAGGAUGAGAAGCUAAUUGAUUAUAUUAAAAUAAAUGGUCAUGAAAAUUGGAAAGCACUCCCUAAGCUUGCUGGAUUGAACAGAUGUGGGAAGAGCUGCCGAUUGAGGUGGACGAAUUAUCUGAGGCCUGAUAUCAAGAGAGGAAAAUUUUCUGAGGAAGAAGAACGAGCCAUCGUCAACCUUCAUUCUGUCCUUGGAAACAAGUGGUCAAGGAUUGCUAACCAUCUUCCAGGACGGACCGACAAUGAAAUCAAAAACUUCUGGAAUACUCACAUAAGAAAGAAGCUUCUUCAAAUGGGGAUUGACCCAAACACUCACAAACCAAGAACUGACGUAAAUAAUUUUUUGAAUCUCUCUCAGUUGCUUGGUGCAGCACAAUUUGGCAACAUGGCAAGUCCAUGGGACAACUUUCUCAAGUUACAGGCAGAUGCCAAUCAAUUAGCCAAUAUCCAGUUGUUGCGAAAUCUUUUACUGAUUAUGAAUACAAACACGCUAGCAAAUCCUGAGAACAACAGUUUGUUAGGAUCGCAAAAUCCCAACCUGUUUGAAGGACUAGUCAAUGGGGCAAUCAUCUCCAAUACUAGGGAACCAAACCCAAUAUCUCAGGAUCUUUUUGAACCACCUGUAACCACUCAAUCACCCAAUGACUUCCAAGCUAUCUCAAAUUUAUGGGCAAGCUAUAAAGGUGGAUUUGGCCCUGAAGGCCUUAACAUGGACAAUAACAGCUUGAGCAGUUCCUAUGGUAUUCAAACAGAUCAAAAUCCACUUCCUGCAUUGGUUUCAGCCUCAACCUCCCCUGGAACUUCCAUCUUUAACCAAACAGAAAGCAAGGCAAACCCAUCAAACUACUCCAGUACUGGCACUCCUACCUCCACUAUUUUUGAGGCCUGGGAGAAGCUAAUCGAAGAUGACAACUAUAGCUCCUACUGGAAUGAUAUUCUGGAGUAG